AUGGGGAGUAGAGCGCAGGAAAGCUCUCAAGAGGAGGCGGUGGGGAGUGCGGGGACGGUGGGGAGGGAGGAGGUGGUGCAUAGGGUGGCGCAGGUGGCGCACUGCCUGGCGCAGGGCAAGGCAGGCAGCGGGUUUGAUGUGGCAUCUGGCGUGUUUGGGUCCAUGUGCUACCAGCGCUUCAACCCCGCCGUCAUGCAUGCCCUCAUGGGAGCAGAGGCAGCGAUGACAGUGAGCAGCAUAUCAGCCACGCUGCGCUCUCCUCUCUGGGAUCACACGAUCUCUCCCCUGCACCUCCCACCAGGCCUUCUCCUGGUACUGGGCGAGCCAGGCACAGGGGGCACAGCCACACCCUCCAUGCUUUCUGCUGUCAUGAAGUGGCGGAAGCAGUCACCAGAGGAAGCAGAGCCCAUCUGGGAAGGCCUAAAAGAGGCCAAUGCGGCAGUUUCUGCUGCUCUCUCUCAACUGUCCCUGCUCGCUCGCACCCAUCCAGUCGCCUUCUCCACCACUCUGAACCACCUGCAGCACGUGCCUCUCACUGCAGCAACCCCAGUGGCGCCCUCUGCUGCCGCAACCCAGGUGAACCGGUUGUGUGCCCCCAAUGAGGCAGCGGGGGAUCCCCACGCUCAGGUUGAGGUACCUCCGGAGUCUACUCAACAGUUGCAAGCAGGCACAUCGGUGCAUGGUAGCAGCGACAUCAGCCAUGCAAGCAGCACCGUCGAACCACACGCACCACAGCAACCACAGGAACCUCAAGAAUCGCAAAAGAAACAAGAGCAGCAAGGAGGUGACAUCUGGAGUACCAUCCUACACGCGCUCCUCACCCUGCGGUCCUCCUUCCUCUCAGUGCGCCACCUGCUCUCUGCCAUGGGCUCUGCAGCCGCCACGCCCAUCGAACCCCCCCAGCAGACCGCUCUCCUUGACGCUACCAUGCAGCAGCCGGGGGUGGUGAUGGCAGGUGUGCCGGGCGCGGGGGGCUUUGACAGUGUGUUUGCUGUGGUGGUGGGGGAGGAGGCGGUGAGGAGGCUGGAUGUCGUGUGGGCUGGUUUAGGGGUGAUGCAGAUGGGUGUAAGGAGUGGGGCGGACGGGAUGAGGUGGGAGGAGGUAGAGGGGGUGAUGAGGAGACUGGGAAGGGGAUGA